GGCUGACAGGCGUAUUGAACUCGAUGAUGGACAUUGAGCAGGUAGCUUUUCCUAACAACGAUAACACUUGGGUUAUCCAGUCAGCGGUUUAUAAAAACUCGAGACUCCGUUCUUCAUAUAUUUUGUCAGCCAUUGAUGAUAUAACUUAUUUAUCAAGUGCGAAUUCAUGUACUUGGCUUCAAGCUACACUUAAUGUGAAUUCUGGUAAGGCUACCUGACUCCCAAAACUGAAGCAGAUGGUAUUAGAACCUAGUUGUUGCACUUCGGACAUAUAAAUCAUUAAACCACAAAUUUAAAUAAUGUAAUAUACUAAGUUCAUUUGUACUACGUCACAACGGUGAAUAUUAUGUGAUCUUAUGCACUAUCGUAUAAUUUCAUCGAAUUAUUUUCUGAUUUUUGUAGUUGUCUGUUGCUAAAUGACCAAGCUAUUUUUAUACCCAUUACUAUAUUUUUGUGGGAUAUCUAAAUCAAUGCUUCUUUGUUCAGGCGGCAUUGGAUUGCAUCUGUUACCGAUCCUCGUGUGUGUUCUCACCUUUGUUGCAGUCACGACUUGUUAUUUCCUCUCUCUUACACAAGACCACAUAUCACCGUAUUUUCCGUACAUCAGUGAUGCUGGUUCAAAGAUCCCAGAAAGUUGUAUUUUCGGUCAAUUAUUAAAUAUUGUUUCAGUUUUGGCAGGUUUAUGCUUCUACUCAUGGCAUAAACAUUUGCUAGAUUGUAGCCAGAAAUUUAAUCAACAAUGUUAUCGUCAAAUUAGAUUGGCUAGAGUUGCUUUAUGUUUUGGUCUUAUAUGUGCAGUUGGUAUGAGUAUAGUAGCCAACUUUCAAGAAACAGCUGUUUGGUCUAUGCAUCUCCUCGGUGCAGGUCUACUUUUUGGUGGUGGUUCGGCUUAUACACUUGCUGUUACAUAUAUUACAUAUAAAUAUCUUGGACAUAGUCGAAUUCGGAUUACUCGUUUGGUAUUGACAUUCAUUUCUGUUUCGUCAUUUUUAUUACAACCAACAACUGGAUUAGUCGCACGUUUUAUGUAUGAUGGUGAUAAUAUUAGAAAAUGGAAACCAACUGAUCAAGGUUAUUCGUUUCAUGUAGUAAGUAGUAUGUCGGAAUGGAUUACAGCUUUAUCAUUUAUAUGCUUUAUUUUUACACUGGUAUGGGAAUUGAAAGAUUACAAAGUACAUGAAAUAAAGAUUGUUCAUCGAUGGAGUAUAAUAAGUGAUGAUAAUUAUGGCAAUAAUAAUGAUGACAAUAUGCUUUCCUAGAAUUUUUUUUCUAGAUUUAAGCUACUUUUAAAUAGGAGAUGAAUUUCGAAUAACAUCUCUUAUCUAUCCAGUGUUCUUUUUCAUAUUUUUCUUUAUUGAAGUAGAAGAUCAUUUAUAACCAACUUUUUAUGAAAUUAUAUUUGCAUAGUUAACUAAUCCUUUUUUUAAUUAAAAGAAAUCGUGUAUACUUGUCAUUUUGUUUUAACGGAAAUAAUUUAUUACAGAUUUGGUUCAUGACAUCAUCAUAUAAACUGUAACUAUCUCAUUAUAAUUUCAUGAUGGAAGUAAAAGAAAAAUUAAUUUUAUCAAGUUUGUUGUUGUUUUGUAGUGAUAUUAUGAUGUAAAAAAAGUUAAAAUAGAGAAAGAUCGUUCCAAGAAUAGAUGACACGUUUAGUAGACUAGUCUAUGACACUGUAUACUUGUGAAUACAUUUAAAAGUGAAAUGAUGCUAUUAUUUGUGAAUUUGAAGACAAUAAAAAAAAUUCUUCACGUAUUUCGGUCUACUGCUAUUACAAAGUUAACGUCUAAUAAUUACCAAAUAAAUACUCAUGUAGGAUAGUGUAUUUCAAUGUUAUACCUAAUGUCACUGUUACACAUGUUAAUCAUGAUGUAGUAAUUAUGUACAUGUUCAAAUACACG